AUUAAAAAUCAUUCUAAAAUCACAUUUUGUCACGUUUACGAUAAGAAAAAUAAUUUUGUCGCGGUUACGAUAAGAAGAACAAUUGUUCAAACAAUUAAAAUUAACAUUCUUUUAAUAAUUGUUAUUUGGAAACAAAAAUUUGCGUAUUUUUUAAAUUUACUUUUUCUAAUGUUUGUUUAUAUUUGCGUCAAAAUUUUGCGUCAAAAACUCGACUAAAUUGCUGUGAUGGAAGGAGAAAAUGUGCGUAAAAAUACAAUUUCCCCUCCUUUUAAGCACUAGUACUUAAAAGACAGCAAUUUAAUCGAGUUUUUGAAGCAAAGUAUUAUAAAAAUCAUUUUAUUUUUGUUUUCUUUUUAUAACACUAAAAUUCAUUAAAAUUUAUUAAUUAGUUUCGUAAAAAAGUUCCAAGGCGAAUUUUCCGCGUAUUUCAUGAAAUUCUCGUAUAUCAUUAGUGAUAACUUUUAAUUUUUUUUCUUUUUGCAUACAUAUUGUAUAUGAAUAACGUAAAGCAAAGAAGAUGUUUACGUCUUAAACAACAACACUAUUGCGACAAGAAGUGUAUAAAAUUUUCAUAAUUGUUUGUCAACUGUUUUAACGAAAUUAUAAAAUGCUGAAUUCACAAACAUUGUGAAUUGGGUUAUGAGUGUAAAAACAACGAAAAGAAAAGGGACCAGUAUUCUGGAAUUAACACGAUGAAGCAGACUAAAUUAGAACACAUCUUUCAAAAACAUGAAAUCGUAUUUAAAGAGGAUCAGCCGUUACUUUUUGAGGAAGAAACAUGUGAGAAAAAACAUUUUGCCCGCAAUCCUUGUGAGAAUAUAAUUUCUCAGGGAGCUGUCAAGUUUUUGGAAAAAUGGCCAUCACACAUGUAUUCUACUUUUUUGUUAGGAUGUUCUAUCAUCAGUAUUAUUUUGACAUUCAUUUUAAUCUCAGUUUUAUUUUCAUUUUCUCGUGGACAUUACAGAUACCGAGAAACGCGAAAUGCAAAACAAGACUCGUAUAAUGUUUACUUUAUGAAGCAUGAAAAUCGCACUUGGUCCCGAAAGGAAUUGUGUUAUAUAGAAACUACAGCUAACAAACAUCCAGAAUUAAAUGUUUAUUUAAUAAACCUUGUAUCCGAGGACUCUAAAAAAAAUGACUAUUCAAUGCCAAUUCGAUUUACUGAUAUGAAAAAUCUCCGGUCAUUUUUUAAUUUUAUAAAUCUUCAUGAUCAAGAGAGAAAUUUCAUUCUGUCAGAAGAUUUAUCUCCGGAAAUGCUACUUAGAAUUAAGAUAGCUAACAAUAAUUUCAAUGUACGAAAUAUUGAUAUAUCAACGCAAUUGUUUUUUCAGGGAUCAAUAUUAUAUAAAGUUUAUAAAACAUUAAAUUAUGAAUUAAUGGAAAUGGCAGCAAAAGCUAAUAUUCUAUGGAAUUAUCCCGGAAUAACUUUGAAUCCUAAAAUGUUUAAUAGUAUCAAUAAUAUAGAGAAACAUUUUUGCAAAAGAAGCGAAAAAAUCUGUAAACUCGAUCAGGAUUUCAUAACAGAAAUGCAAGGAGGCAUACAAGCUUCAAGUGUGUCAUGUCAUGCCUUUGCAGAAUUUUUGAUGAAAGAAAUACUAAAAAAUCGAUUAUUAUCAUAUCAGCAUCAUGGAUUUCAAAAUAUUCUAAAUAAUUUUUGUCCCAGAAUCAACAACUGUCCAGGAGUUAAAAUUAUCAACGAAACAUGCAAUUAUUUAACAAGUGAAAUUUUUUGUCCAUCAAUAUAUCCUGACGGAUCUGUUGAGGAAUAAUUUACAUGUUUUUAAUGAAAGAAAUUAAAUUAUAAAAUACGAUAAAAUUAUAUUUAUUAAAAUUAUAGCUGCAAAUGAAGAUAUUUCAUCUUUUUAAUAA